AUGAGAGCCUGGCUCUUUAUAUUUGGUUUGGCCUGCGUAGCCUACCCCACAACAGAUCGGAAGCGUAGUCCAGUAGAACUAGAUACCUGCCCUUGUACCCAUUUACUUAUACGCAACCAGCACACUGAUGUACACUCUAACAUUGCUUUGGAACAAGGAACUGAAGAAGAUAUCGCAGCCCUGAGGUCACAAAAUCCGAACAUGGAGAUUCUAUUGUCCGUCGGAGGAGAGGCAAUCAGGGGGGAUACCUUCAGAUCAAUUGUUUCUAACCGAGAUAUGUUAACAAACUUUACCAGCUCAAUCAACAACCUCUACACUUCCGGUCUUAUCCAGGGUAUGGAGUUGGACUGGGAAUGGCCUAUGAGUACUGGAGACAAGAAGGAUAAAAUUAAACUUAUCAGAUAUAUGAGGCAAAUUAAGAUGGCUACCGGAGCCAGCAUACGUCGUCGGAUACGUAGCUCGGAAACCACAACAGAGAGUUUAGAGAGUACAACCGACGGAACCAAGAGUACAGAGAGUACAACCGAGGGUACAGAGAGUACAACCAUGCGAGAUGAGGAUAUUGACAAUUCUUCAAAAACCAUUGAACCGGAAGCAACAACCGGAUAUGAGUCGACCACUGUCGUAUUUGAAACGACCACCGAGAAUCUGGAGACGACUACUGUUUUUGAAGAGACGACUAUUCUUGAUGAAGACGACCCCAACUUUAACUGGAGAGCCAGGGGUGUUCAGAGGAAAAGAAAGAAGAUUGCCACUACCACAGAAAGAUCUGAAGUUUCCGAGGACGACGAGGACACUCUUGUGAGUCUGGAGGACGUCCUGUUUAACGAGACCGAAGAUGUAUACGAGGAUGGACCCGAAGGGUUUAUCCUGGCUCUCCGUCUAUCCCCUGAACCAUUCCACCUGGAUGCUCUGGUAGAUGUAGUGGUAGGUCUAGGUGCUCCUCCUUACAAGAUAAUUAUAACUGUUCCUGCGUUUGGAAACUCAUUUAACCUGGUUGACGAGGAAAGGAAUUUACCUGGAAGUGCUGUUACAAGUCCUGCUUCUUCUGUUACAUACCAACAGGUUUGCACACUUCUUGGACGUGGAUCUUGGACUUUAGAACGUGAGGAAGACUUAACUGGUCCCUAUGCAUACCUAGGCAAUAAAUGGCUUGGAUUUGAUGACGAUACAAGUCUCAAAAUCAAGGCUAAAUACACCCUUCUGCGUGAUCUUGGUGGCAUAGGACUUGUCUCUAUUGACGCGGACGAUUUGGACGAUGUUUGUGGAAAGGGACGAAGCAGUCUUCUCGCAACCCUGGGAGAUACUCUAGCAAACCUGAACAGAAAACCCAGGCAGCUUAUAGUCACCAGUCUGGAGCAGAGCACCCAUUAUCCUUAUACAGUUUAUCUAAUAUUCUUUAUUCUACAACCACAGAUGAUUUUACUGUGUUCGCAUACUCAAUAUAAAUCCACUUUUGACUUAAUCCUCUUUUCCUAUUUACUCCACUCCAUCCCCCUCCCCCCUCCCUUCCCUUGUUAUUUUCGUUUUGAUCCUAACUCUCUACAGGCCCAGGGACUUCAAGUCUCUCCGUUCAGGAUUGUCAGGAUUGUAAACAGAGAAGGAGAUAUCCAGUCAAUUAGAGAAAACUCUGAAACUAUAUUGGAAUGCUCUCGCCAAGGAUACUAUAGACAUCCAGAGGAUUGCUCAAGGUUCUAUCGUUGUGUGAAGUUUAACCAGUAUGAGGAUGACUAUACUAUCUUUGAAUAUGGAUGCCCCAAUGGACUUGUAUUUGAUGAUCGCUGGGAGGUUUGUGUCUGGCCUUCUCAAGCAACUCCUUGUGAUGGCUCCUCAGAGAUAUUUCCUAUUCCACGACAGGAGUAUGUUUGUCCAGGAGAAGGAUUUUUUGUUGAUCCAGAGAACUGUCGUUGGUUUUUUGCUUGCAGAGAUCAUUUGGGAGAUGGCACUUAUACACAUUAUGAGUUUAGAUGUCCUUUUGGUCUUGCUUUUGAUGAAGCAACUUUAAGAUGUGAUUGGCCAUGGUUGGUGUCUUCUUGUGCUAAUGAGGGGCAAUACUCCACAGGAUCCAGCCCUCUUCCAUCCAGGAAAGACUUUGCUAACAACUACCAGCCUGCUGGAACCAGUUCACCUUUCCCUUCAGUACCCAGUAUUCCAAGCUUUGAAUCUGGACGUACCCCAGCUGGUAACCUGUUGGUUGGAGGCCUAGCUCCUGGAGAUGUGGUCAGUGAAGGUUGUGACAAUUGCUAUUCUCCUGUUCUUACUAUUACUGGUAAUGGAUACAAUAAUGGUAAAGGUAUUGAGGUAGCUGGCCCAGUAGGCUUAGAGUCCAAUAACUAUGAUUCAAAUAUUCUAUUGCCAGGAUAUGGCUCCACAGGUGCCCCACAAUAUAGCACCACUGCACAGCCUACAUAUAGACCAACAACUCCACAGCCCACAUAUAGACCUACAACUCCACAGCCCACAUAUAGACCUACAACUCCACAGCCAACAUAUAGACCAACACCAACCUACACUACACCCAAGGCCCCUACACCAUCAGCAGGGUUUUCUCAGUCAAGCCCUGGGUAUGAUUAUCCUGAACCUGCCCAUCCAUUACAAUAUCCUUCAUCUACUCCUGCACCACUCCCAAGCUCUUCUUAUAACCCAAGCACUUCUGGGUAUGACUAUCCUGUUCCUCAAAACCCACUCCAGUAUCCUGGCAUUUCAGUAUCCAACCCAGGAGAGAUAGGACUUAUAUCAUCCCCUGCAUUACAGCCUGCACCUGUGAGUCCCAACAUUCCAGCUUAUGGGGUUUCUCCAACAUAUCCAACUACAAUUGCACCAGUUAGCACUUCUUAUGGUUCGCCUUUAACCUCAUUUAAUCCUCUUUAUGGAUCAACAACCCCUGAUUAUGAGAAUGGAAUCAGUAGCACCUAUAAUCCAAGUGUCAACACAUACAGGCCAAUUAAAACAUCAUACCCACCAGUUGUAUCUUCAACAUACUCUCCUGUUACUCCACGUCCCACUGAAGGCUAUGAAGAAGUGUAUGAGUAUGAUGAAAGUGAAGCACCUCUUGAGUCAUAUGGGAUUCCUGCAGUCCCUGUUCAAGAAACUUAUGGAGUACCUGCAGCCCCUGUUCAAGAAACAUAUGGAGUACCUGCAGCCCCACUAGAAACAUAUGAAGAGCCUCUCCUUUCUUAUGGAUAUCCCUCCCCCUCCCCUUCUCCAUCAUAUGUAACACCAUCACCAAUUCCCUCUUAUGAAUCUCCAUCAGAAAAGCCUUCUUAUGGAACUCCUGUUCCAAUUCCAUCAUAUGGAUCCCCAUCAGGAAAACCUUCUUAUGGAGCCCCAUCUCCUGCGCCUACUUUUGCAUCUCCAACAUUGAAGCCAUUUGUUAAUUUUGGAUCUCCUAAGCCAACAUAUGAAGCUGCACCAGUUGCACCUUUAGAAUCAUAUGGUGUUCCUUCUGCUGAUGUGAUAGCUUAUGAAGAGCCAGAGGAAUCUUAUGAGGAACCAUUACCAUCAUAUGGAACUAAACCAUCUUAUGGAUUUCAAGACCCAGCUUACGCAUCACCAAAACCAUCUUAUGGAUCACCUGCUCCUGCUAUUUUUGUCACUACCCAUGCUCCUCCAACUGUCCCAGAAUACAAUUCUCCAAGUAAAAGUGAAAAAUCUGGUUAUGACUAUCCUGUUCCCAAUAACCCUCUCCAAUAUCCUACCCCUGCUCCUUCUCCAACCCCUAAACCUUUUGUAGACUUUGGAUCACCUGCUGAAACCUAUGGUGUACCUGCUGCACCAGUUGUUAGCUCCACAUAUAAGCCAACAAUAGUUGAAUCUCCUGCUGUUGCUCCUGCAGAAACCUAUGGAGUUCCAAGUGCACCCUUGAUCAGCACAGCAUAUGAUCCUUUUAUAGAAGAAGUCCCUUUGCCAAGUUAUGGUCCCUCAAAAGAUGAAGGCAGACCUGCCUCUCUUCCUGACAGCUGGCCAAAUUACCCUUCUUCAAAUGACUAUAAUCCUAAACCUAGUGACAUUAAGGUGCUUCCUUCUCCACCAAAGAUUACCUAUGGUGGGUUUAAGCCACCCACUGUUCCAGAACCAGUUAGAGAGUUGCCAAAAUAUCAACAACCAAGUUAUAAUGGGCAUCCUAACAUCCCUGAGCCUAACUUUGGAGGAUUUAAAGGAAUGCCAGACAAACCAGCUCCCAGUAGUGGAUACAAGUAUCCUGUACCCAGCAAUCCUAUUGAAUAUCCAAAGCCACAGAAACCUGUAAGACCCCCAAUAACACCUAAUGUUCCUGCAUAUGGUCCAAAACCAGUGGUAUCCCAUUCUCUCCCUAAGGCUCAUAAUGCUGGAUACUCUUAUCCUACACCUCAGACACCAUUGCAAUAUCCUACUAAACAGCCUUCAUAUAAUCCAACACCAAGACCAGUAAUGCAUUCAGCUCCUCUUCAUACUAGUGUAGCUGCUCUUUUUGAAAAUACAACUCCAUACACUUCUGUAUUUGGACCGACUAAGACUCCCAGUUACAGACCAUCCUCACCAGUUGUGUCUACAUCAUAUGCUCCCCCUACACCAACAUAUUCCAAACCAAGCAAACCAUCUGGUUAUGAUUAUCCAGCUCCAAGUAACCCUCUCCAGUACCCAUCUAAACCAAUAGAAACCAAUCCUUUGCAGUACAGACCAGGUGGAGCAUCAGGGCCUAAACCAGAGGUUGCUUCAGUCAUUCCAUCAGGGUUUUCUUCAGCUACCUUAUCUAAUGGACCUUUUAGCUCUGUUCCAUCUGGAAACAAGGCUCCUCAACUUAAACCAUUUGUUAAUGUUGGAAGUGGUUCUGGCGAUACUUAUGGUAGUGGAAGUUUGAAUUCUCCGCAGUAUAAUGAUGAUCUUCCAUCUUACAGUGGAUCAGAGCAGCCAGAAAGUGGACGGGGUGGAAAAAGCUUUUCCAAUUCUGGGGGUAUCAAUGAAUUUGGCAAUGGAAAUGGAGGAAACAGAGGUUCAGGCGGUUUCAGUGCCAAUGGUGGAAAUGGACAGAUCAGAGUUUCAAGCGGAUUUGGAGGAAAUGGUGGGAAUGGAGGAAGCAGAGAAUCUGGAGGUUUUAAUGGAAAUAUUGGAAGUGGAGGAAAUAGAGGAGCUGGUGGUUUUGGAAAUGGAGGGAACAGAGGUCCAUCUGGAUUAGGAGGAAAUGAUGGCAGAGGAGCAGGUGGAAAUAGAGGUCCUGUAGGAUUAGGAGGAAAUGGUGAUAGAGGAGCAAAUGGAUUUGGUGGUAAUGGGGGCCCAGGUGGAAAUGGAGGAUUUGGUGGAAAUGGAGGGAAUAGAGGAAACAAUGGAUUUGGAGGAAAUGGAGGACCUGGUGGAAAUGGAGGACCUGGUGGAAAUAGAGGACUUGGUGGAAUUGGAGGAUUUGGUGGAAAUGGAGGAUUUGGUGGAAAUGGAGGGAAUAAAGGAAACAGUGGAUUUGGCGGAAGUGGUGGAUUUGGAGGAAAUAGUGGAAACACAGGGUUUGGUGGAAACAGUGGAAAUGGAGGAAAUCGUGGAAAGGGAGGAUUUGGGGAAGCCAAUAGAAAUGUGCCAUUCGGAAAUGGUAUUGACAAUGGGAUUAGAACUGGAAAAGAACUUAAUUCUGUAACUACUGUUAAGCGCCCAGUGGUCAGCAAGCCUGCUGUUCUUGGUAAACUGGCAGGAAACAGUGUAAACAACUGGGACUUGGGAAUUUGGGAGAAAUUUGGACCUGGAGGAUUUAGAACAUUUAAUGAGACACUUGGACCUGAAGCUUGUGAGCGACCAGGACUUUUCAGACAUCCAACAGACUGUACCCAGUUUUACGAGUGCUACUGGGACAAAUGGAUUGAAAGAUUUACCCUUCAUAUAUUCCCCUGCCCUGUAGCAAUGGCGGUCAGACAAUAUGAUGAAUCUAUCUCUGCUUGCAACUGGCCUUUUCUUGGUCCUAACUGUGAAGGAAACACGAUAAUUUAGUUACGAGAGGCGCCAUCUUGUCUGAUUGAGACUCCAUAAUGGUUGAGCUGCCAGUGCAUAUUUACAACGCAGGUAUCAGACUGUUAAUGAAGAAGCUAACUGUCUUCCACUCCCUUGUUAGUGACAGUUAGAAUAUUUGACAAGAUUCAUUAACUAUCUGUAUUCGGGUCUAAGAUACUGUGCCAAGAGUGCAUCAAUCAUAAGAUAUUACUCUGCUUGUGAACUAUGCUAUUCUAACACCGCAGAUUAAACCAUUUUAGUCUUGUUAAGUAAAAUAUUGGCCUACAUGUCCCUCCUUCUCCUUCCUUUUCAUACGUUAGAAGAAGAAUCGUGAAACCCCCCACUUCCCUUACCAUUCAAAAUAUAGUGCUUGAGUAUAUAGACCUGGAAUUGAAUUAAAACAUGGCUGAAUUUAAAAGACUCGUGCAACAUGUUAGAUCCAUUCCAUCCUUUUUGGUGGAAGCUGCAGACAACCCUGAUUCUCAAACUGAUGCUUUUAUGCAUUUGAUGCAUCCAGUUUUUAAACCUGUCUCUAUUUAAUCCGUGCUGGUCCCAUAAGAUUGUGUCUUUCAAAAAAAAAAUUUAAACUCUGGGAAAUUUUUAAGAAAAUGUUUUAAUCUAGUCAAAAAAUAUUCUCGUUUUAUAAUUCAUAAGCAAUGCAAAUUUUUGUUUUUUAUCUAAUCUUUUUUUAAUGAAAACAAAUCGAAAUUUUGUUACUAUUGGGCAUUUUUAAUUAAAAAUUCUUUUUAAAGAGGUUUUAACAUUUUCGAAGGGCAUUACACAACAUCAAAAAUGCAGAAUAUAAAAAAGUUAAUUUGUAGAUCAACAGUUGUAACUUGUAAAGUAUACUCAUUGUUAGACUUGAGGCUUUCUUAGUCUUAACCUUGGAUUAAUCAUAGUUUUAAUAUUAAUUUAAAUUUGAUAUUUUUAUCCAUCUACAUUCUGAUUAAUUUCACUGGAAUACGUAUUUAAGAAUCAAUUUUAAGCUGCCAUAUUCAUCUAUAUUACAUACCAAUAUACCCACACUUGCUUACUUUUUAUUCAAUUCCCGCAUUUACUUUUCAACAUAUUUAUUUAUUUAUUUAUUUAUUUAUUAUUUUUUUUUCCUUAUGUACAACCGUAUAAUAUUUAUCUGUUAAUUGUAAAUUUUGUAAAUAAAAUUGUGGAUAACAUUUA